AUGGUUCGAGAGAAAGUAACAGUAUCUACUCGGACACUACAGUGGAAGUGUGUUGAAUCAAGAACAGACAGGUUCAUAACUACUCCUCUUACUACAGGACGCUUACCUAGCCAACGCUUAGAUCCGGCUCUACCCAAACUUUUCUGGUUCACCCCAACAUUCCCCACUUGUCCGACUGUUGCUGAGCAGUUUUUGGAUAUCAAACGGACCUCCCCAGAAGGUAAUUUUAAUGUGGCCGAUUUCCCCUCUUUUGCAAUCAGUUUCGCUACAGCACCCGCUGCUCUAGCUAAUUGUCCACCCUUUCCAAGUGUGAUUUCUAUGUUAUGUAUGGCCGUGCCUAAGGGCAUAUCGGUUGAAGUAGAUUCUUCUUUUGAUCAAUCAAAACCCCUUCCCAAACUGUACAAGCUUCUUCCAAAGCAUACGGCUUUCUGGAUGUAG